AUGGAGCACAGCCCGCUGGCGCUGUUCCCAGAUUGGAGGGAGGUGAAGGUGCCUGAUGAUAUGUUCGAAAAGGCACCGUCAAGGUGGAGGAGGCAGCUUGAUUCCGCGUCAGAUUCGUCUCGCCGAUCACCAAAGGAGAAAGUGUGCAUGAGGCAGCCGUCAGCACGAUCAGGCAGACAAAUGCCGUGUUGGUCCGAGUUUACCUGGCGGCCUAUUCCGGACGGUGGUGGGUGCCCCUCUUUUCCCGUCUCGGAUGGCCCGCGGACGAGUGAUCGCGCCAUGACGCUGUGCCGCUUCCCAGUCCCAUUUAUGCUGAUAAGCCCCGACGUCAACGACCUCGAAACAUCCCCUCCUUCUCUCAUUAUCCCCCCUCCUCCUCUCAUCCGUACCAUCGCAGAGGCCGCCCACACUCUGCAACAAUGCCCGCUACCGGAUGCUCAGCAGCAGCGGCGGUUCGCCAGACCGUCUUCUUCUACCAGCCCUCGCAGCUCGAGGUUCGCUUCGACCCCGAGUGAUGCCCUUGACUGGCCCGCGGAGAUCAUAAGCCUCGAUGACAUCGCAGCCCUCGGUCUCCCGGGUCCUCAGGGGUGGCAGGGUCUGGACCCUUUUGCCGCCUGUGCCCUACCAGAUGUCAACGCCGGCGCCGCGCUCUCCUCUGUCGACGGGUCCCCGACCUGGGACUUUUUGACAUGGGAUCCCGCGACUUCGGCGACCAGUACUGGUGCGGACGCCACAUUUCCGGACCUGGAGAUCGGAGCUGGCCACCCUUUUACCCGGCCGGGAGCCCGUUUGAGGGUGGAAUCGCCCCCCCACACAAAACCAGAAUCCACCAACAGGGCCCCCCGCUCUGUCGUCUCACCGCCCGACCGGGAAGUCUCCGAGGGGGGGGAGGCGUGA